AUGUUCCCAAUAUCCGGCUCCCGUCUAAGGAUAUUGUCCAACACACUGAAUGCGCUUUCCGGGUCCCGGAUCAGGAACCCCAAUCCUAGCUUUGUCCAACUAUUACCGCCAAUAAAAACCCACUUGUUCACCUCCACCGCCCUCGUCCAUGCACGUCAACGACCGCUUCUACCAUCCGAUGCCGUAAGAAGAGUUCGACGCCCGUUGGGCCACUCCAGAUCGAGAUCGCGACCCCCGAGAGAUGCCUGUUACCCAGCCGCCCAAUCAAUCUAUCACCCCUGUGUCCGGAACUGGCUCCUGCCUCGAACGAACCAGGCCUUUGUGAACGGAACUGUUCUCAGGAUCCGCCGUCUUCGUCUCGUGAGCGAAACGUUUGCCCAGAGUCACCUCUUCUUGCAAUGCCUUUACUUUAUGUUGCGAUACCCAGCUCCAAAUCAGCCACUAGCAGACUCGGAUGGCCGGCCACCGGACGUCGGCGCUGCCGCCUCCAGAGCCAAUGUCCGACACUUCCGCAUCCACCCUGUUCGCCUUGCCGUGGCCGACCUGCGCCCUCUGCUGCAGCAUAGCGAAGAACUCUCUUUUACGUCAUCGACUGGUCGCAAUUUCCUGCCCGCGGCCUUCCCAACAUUAAUGUAA